CAGUGGGCAGGGAAUUAAGAAGCCUGCGCUUUGUAAAGAAAGUUUUCAUUCAUGCAAAGGUUGUGAGCUCCUUUUGAGAAGAGGACCAAUGUUCCUUUGUUAAUGUAGAACUAAAGCAGUUGACCCUGUGGACAUGGAGCUGCCUGCUGUGUUACUGUGUGUUAUUGCGGCAGGCUUUAUGGGCAAAGCUCAGGAGAUUUCUGAAGACUCUGGUUCCUGCAUGUCAGACUGUCCAGGUACUGGUCAAUUAAACUUCCAGAAGGGUUCCAGAUACAUCUACAGCUACUCCACUUCCACUGGAACAUUUUUGGCAGAAAGUUCUUCAGCUAGAAGAGAUCUAUCUCUGGAAUGUGCAGUUCACAUAGAAGUCAUUGGAAAAUGUCACAUGGUUCUACAGCUGAAGGACAUGAAAGUAAGGACAACAGAGAUGUCAGAAAAUUCCUCCAAAGAAUUUGAAAGUUUGAGGGAUGCACUUGAGAAACUGCCACUUCAGUUUUCAUACCACGAUGGUAAAAUUCAAAAACUUUGUCCAUCAAGCCAAGAGCCAAUUUGGUCGCUUAAUAUAAAGCGUGGAAUUCUCAGUGUGUUGCAGGGAAACUUAAAGGCUCCAGCAGCAGGCAGAUCCAUUGUAGAGGUGGAUGUUUUAGGGAGAUGUCCCACCUCAUAUGAACUCCGAGGAAAUUCUUUAUGGAAAAGAAAAGAUCUCAGUCAGUGUUCUAAUAGAGUCCUGGGUUCUACCUCAAUACGAUCAGUUGCUCUCCCAGACAAAACACAACUCCUGGAUUCCCAUCUGGAAUGCCUGCAGGCUUUUAGAGACGGGACGCUGACAGAAGCAACUUGUGAUGAGUCCCACCUCGUUACUGUUUUCUCUCGGGACGGAAAUGGUGCCAAGACACAAACACGAACACUACUAAAGCUGAUCAGGAUUGAAGCUGACAUGUCGACUAACAAAGACAUCCCUGGGAAACACUAUGUGACCAGUCUUUUGUAUGAAAAGGAAACUAUUUUUGGCAACUUACAUGGAGAAGAUGUGGCUGAAACGGUUAGAAACCUUUGCCUGGCUCCAAGUACAAACUAUGAGACUGCAGAUCUUUUUAUGAAUCUGGUGUUUGAACUGCGACUCCUUUCUGCUGCUGCCCUAUCGGACCUCUGGCAACGUUCUUCUUUCAAAUGCAGAGACAACUGGCAGCCAUUACUGGAUGCUCUCCCAUCCUGUGGCACAGAGGCUUGUGUAGGUCUCAUGAAAGACAUCCUUCUUGCAAAGGAAUUGGAAAAUGAAAAAGCAGAAUCUUUUCUCUGGUCACUUGCUUUUCUACCUGAGCCAACAGUUGGGAUGGUUGGAUCUCUUGUGCCAUUGUUGCAAGAGGAAGAUGCUGGUCAGAGUGUGUACUUAGCUAUUACAGCCUUGCUCCAUCAUUUCUGUUCCAUCACAAAAGAAUGUCACAAGGUUCCUGAAGUACAGACUGUUAUGGGAAUCUUACAAGAACAACUGGGAGACAACUGUACAGCACAGGAAGAUGAGCAGAUACACAAGAUGCAACUUAUUUUAAAAGCAAUUGGAAAUGCUGGACUGGCUGCAGAAUCAUUGAUUCCAGUUCUAACAUCUUGUGCCUUCCUGAGAAGUAACCCAGACUCCAUAAGACUGGCUGCAGUUGAAGCCUUUAGAAGGAUUCCAUGUUCAGCUAAUCGCACUAUACUCGCAGAGCUGUACCAAAGUGUGCAUGAGAAUGAAGAAAUAAGAAUAGCCUCAUACUACACAGCUAUGAAAUGCCCCACUCAGGAGUUUCUCCAUAUAGUUCGACAGAUGCUGAAACAUGAAAAAUCAAUGCAAGUGGGAUCUUUUGUAUGGAGUCACUUGUCACAACUGUUGGAAUCUGAUGAUCCGCUGAAACAGGACAUUGCGGACUCCCUCCCUGAUGAUAUCUUAAGCAAGGACUUUGAGGGAGAAUUCUGGAAAUACUCCAGCUAUUCAGAUGCUACGGUUCUUUCAGAAUCUGCAGGAGCCAAUGUGGAGGCCUCAAUGAUAUUCACACCAUCGUCCUUCAUUCCACGUUCUGCAAUGGCCAAUCUUACAAUACACGCAAUGGGAAGAGCAAUGAAUAUACUAGAGUUUGGUAUACGAUUAGAAAAUGCUGAAGAUCUUCUCAAAAGGAUGUUUGGUCAUCCCUCUUUUACUUCAAAUAAAGCCUUUGUUAGAAAAGAUGAAGAAAACACCAACUCAGGAACCCCUAUAGAGACAAUGGCAAAAGCCAAUGACAAGAAGCCGACAUCUAAGAGAUAUACACACGGGGAGCCUCCAGCAAAAAAACCUGAUCAACAAAAGAUGAAAAAUUUUAAACACAGCUGCCCAAGUGGAAAGUAUAACAAAAUAAAUGAGAUACAGCAGAAGUUCACCAAAGGAAUGAAAAGUAUCACAAAUGAACUAAAAUGUGGUCUGAGCAUGAAAAUCUUUGGAAAUGAGCUCAACUUCCUGGAUUGUGAAGGAGUGAAACAAACAAUUAAACAGUAUUCUUUGAGCAUGGCUGAAUUGGCAGUGAGACUUCUUAAGGGUCAGGAGGUUCAGUACAGCAAAAGAAUGGGAUUGGCAACAGAAGAAAUCACCUUCCCAACUCUUUCUGGAUUCCCUGUUCAGCUUUCUCUUAAUGCCACACUAUCCACAAGUGUUAAGAUUAGAGGAAAUAUGGAUAUCAAGCAGCAAGCUAAUUUCUACAUUAAUGGAUAUAUCAAACCAAGUGCCCUAAUCCAACUAUCCAGCCAAAUGGGCAUUGUGGGAACAGUAGGCAAAAUGGGCCUAAGAUGGGUAACUGGCUUAAAAGCAAUGAGCAGUGUGGAUGGUGGAAUCCAGAUGAAGAAAGGUCAAGAGCUGAAAAUUUUUCUAAACACACCUGAUGAAUCUAUGGAAAUACUUGAUUUCAGCUCCACAUUGUACCAGGUAACACCUGAUGGUCUGAAGACAAUAAGCAAUCCCAUCUAUCAGAAAGAAAGAAAAGCCUGCAUGAAUGAGGAGGUGUCUAAAUUAUUUGGUUGGCAGCCAUGUUUGGAUGUGUCUUAUCCUGAAGAUGAAAGUCUGUUACCAUUCCCGCUUUCUGGGCCAGUAAAAGUAUCCCUCGUACUCAGGAAACAAGACAAGGGACUGCGGCAGUAUCUUCUUGAGGCCUCAUACAACCAAAUUCCACAGAAAGAUGACUGGAUUCCAAAUGAAGCAACAUUGCACUUUUUUAUGGGUACCCCAAAAUCAGAGAUUAGACGAGAUGUUGGCAUUGACCUACAUUAUAAUAUACAACAUAGAAAAUUUAGGAUAACACUUCUCCAUCCAAGAAAGAAGAUUCAGUUAAAUGGGAAAAUUGAAUCUUCUCGGAAUUCUAGGAAUGGACAUUUGGAAUUAAUCUUAGAUGACAAGGAGAUUUAUUAUAUUAAGGGGCUGACAGACCUCCAAACAGCAGGUGGAGAACAGAGGUACACAGCUCUGGCAGAAGUAAAACUGACCAAGUUUGGGAGUCCCAUCAUUCUUUCUGGGAAUCUCACCAAGCAGUUUGGGAAGAAGAUGGCUUUCUCAUUUGCCCUAAACAACUUACUGAAGGACACAGCGUUUUUUUCAGUUGUACUUGACAAGAAAGCAGAUGAUAAACUGAAGCAGUACUCAUUAGAAGGGGAAGCGUACAUCCCUGGAGUGUUUGGUUCCUACGCCAUUGGUCUUCUUCAGAAACGGGGUGAUAUUUGGACAAACGCUGUGAGAGUAAAAUACGGCCUUUUAGGUGAUGCAAAGUAUCUUCAACAUGAAUGUGACACUGGGCAAAAAGUAAAGAUGGACACAAACUCAGAUGAUCAGUAUAAGGUUGAUGUGGAGCAUGAAUUUCAUUGUACACAAAUGCCAUCUUUCAACCACAAGGUGCAUUUAAACCAUGAAGAACGUAUAUCUCAUAUACAUUCAAUGUUGGAAGUGAGCUAUGGAAAACACUGGGAUGAAAUGAACAACAAGAAAAAACUGUUUAUCAGUCAGACAUUUAAAAACAACUCCAGCCCAUCAACAGCCAGCUACUUCAUGGAGUUCACACUGCAAGUCUCUGAGAAGCAAGUGAAUUAUCGGACUCAGCUAAUUCAUACCCAUUCUGCACUGGAGAGUAACACCAACUUUAAAAUGCAGUAUAACGACAGAAUACCCUUUGUAUCUGGCUUGCAGUGGAAGGAUACAUCAAAAAAUGAUCUACAGAAAUGGGAAGGGGCAUUUACUAUGGACACUCCUUGGUUAUAUCUCUACUCAGCCUUGAAACGCUAUCAGCCUCAGCGCUACGCCUACCAGACUAUAAUAGAAAUGUCUGCAGGAAAGGCUCUAACCAUAAAGAAUCUAGUUCUAGAUAUGUUCUACAAAGACAAAGGAAGUGAGAAAGAGGGGAAAAUUCAUAUUCACACACCUACAGCUACAUAUCUAAGAGCUUCCACAGUGAAUUUUAUUGGAGGGAAUUCUUUCAGAAGUUACAGCGAAAUGGUGUCACUGUGGAAUCAGCUUCUAAAGAAUGAAAUCCAAUUAGAAAAUAAUGAAAAAAUAAAGCUGUUUGUCUUCAAGAUCAAAGGCUCAAAGCAAGAGUUUAACGUCAGUGCUGGUUACAGAAGUAUAGAUUGGCCAAAGAAGUCAAAUUUUUCAAUGAAGACAAUGUGGACAGAUCAGAAGAGUUAUCCUCUCAUUUUUCAGUUGGAUGGACAGAUAGAAGAACUGAAGAAGGACAAAAUGUUAUAUCAGAAACAAGGUCUUCUUUAUCUUAGGCACCCCUUUAAAGUACCAGUUCCACAAAGUAUUCUCCUCCAAGAGACAUUUACUGUGGAUAAGCAGAAAAGACAUUAUAUGCUAGAAACGAAACUUCUGAUGGAUGAGAUGGAGGAAUGUGUUCAGACAAUCACUCUUGGGUAUAAUGCAGACAAUCCAUAUAUUUGUGCAGAUCUUCGACAUCCAUAUAAGCACCAGGUUUUUCCUAACAACCUUGAAAUUUGUGCUUCAACUAAAAGACAUAACUUGGGAAAAACUGAGAUUGAAGCCACCAUUAAAGCAAACAAGAGAAAUGUAUUUGGUCUCUCAGGCACGUUUCAGAACAAAUCUAGUAAAAGAGAAUUAUGGCAUGUGUUGCGGAUGGAUAUGACUCACUCUUUCCAGCUGAGAAUUCCACGUGCCUUAAUAUUUGAUGGGGAAAUUUUCUCAAGGCAUAUCAAGCAGGAUGAGUUUAAUCAUGGCAUAUGGGGAAAACUGAUAAUCAACAGAAAUAAUACUUUGCAGUUGCACGCACAGUUAAAUCGUACAUUGAAUCAAAUAGGAUUUUUUUCCUAUUUCACACAUCCCUUUGCUUUGCGGAUUCCUCACAAUAUACAGGCUGAUGCAACAAUGAAAAGAUAUGGAGCAAGGGAUGUAAAUGGAACAUUCACCCUGCACUGGGGUAAAGAGGUUUUAUUAUUUGAAGUAGAUUUAAGCAAUGACAGUAGGACAAACAUUGGAAUCAUUGGGCUCAGUGCAUCUUUGCAUCAAACAGUUCUAGCUGAUCCAUUGACUGCUCACUUAAGGAUUACUGGCAAGGCAUUGCCUUCAAGGUUCUCUCUUUUAUCUGAGACUAUUGUUAAUAACCAGUCCUUACUGAUUGAACUUCUGGGAUCAAAGGAGCAAAAAGUUGGAUUGGUGUUUUCAUUUAGUGGCAACCUUAUACACACAAUUAAUGGUCUAACAAUUCUACCUCAUCAACUCUUAAUUGAAGGAUCUCUAAAGCAAAAGAAAAAUAUUAAUGAAGGGUACAUCAGUUUUCUAAAGAAUCAAGAGUUCUACAGAAUUUAUGUUCGUAAUAGAAAUGUGUUUGGCAACGUCACACAGCACAAUAUCACUUUCAACUUAUCCCAAAAUGGAAGCCAUUCUAUGCCUGCAGAAACAAAACUAAGGGCGUAUGUCCAGUUAGAAGAACUAGAUAAAAAUGGAGAAGUCUGUAUCCAAGCAGAUGAAAAAUUACUAUGUAUGGAUCUUUCUAAUUCUGGUGACCACACUCAGCGAGGUGUUACAGGGAAGCUUGUACACAACCUUUUCUCCUUACAGAAUGCAGGAAUUCCAAUGGCAAGUGCUGUUGAAGUAACACUACAAAAUACCAGUAAUAAUCGAACAUUUUCCAUUGCCCUGGAUAAUGGGAAAAGUAGAGUUGACAUUUCUUUGGGAUUAGAGAGAAUUUUACCAGGAUCCCAGCUCACUGCAAGACUGAAGCACAAUGUUGGUGAUCUAAAAUUUCACGGAUUACCAUACAAUAUAAAUGGUAUUUGCUAUUAUCAGAGUGCAGACAAAGGUUUUGUGACAGGAAUGGCUGUCCAAGCAGAAGAUGAACACAUCAAAGCAGAAAUGAAUAAGAAAACUACUGGAAAUACUUCCAACAUUAUUCUUUCUCUCCAAAAUGACCUCAGCUCAAUUAAUUACAUAAUACCAUCAAGCAUGAAGAUCACUUGCAAUGGAGAAUUUACAUCUAGCUUAUUUUAUGGGCACUGCAAUGGGGAUAUUGCAAGAAAAACAUCACAGUUUUCAAUUCCACUAAGAACUACAUUCAAUGGAUCUCUUCUGGCAAAUGGCUACAAAACCAAUCUGUUUGGACUUGUUUCAACGGGUGAUGAAUUUGGACGGAUGACUAUAAACACAGAAAGUGGUUUGCAAAACACAAUUGAAAUUGGUUUCAAGCAUGCUUUGCCUCAGCUCUAUACACUAGGCAUCACCAAAGACAACAAAAUUAGGAUUUCAGCUACAAGACAGGGGAAGACUGGCACAGUAGUUGAUAUCGCCAUUGGAAAAUGUUUAAUCAAAGCCAGUGCUGAAGCUAGAGAAGAAAAUAAUGGAAGUGAGACCAUCUUAAACUGGACCACGUCAGUUUUCAACUCCUGUUUCCUCACUGAGAAGUUUAAUAUUCCAAAGAACCUGUUAGUGAAUGGAUCAUUGCAGAGAGAUCUUUGUGGGUUUGGGCUAGCCAUACAGAUUGGAUAUGAUGAAAAUAAUGCUAAUCUACUUGUGAAAAAAACCUGCAAUCCCUACUUUGUGGAAGGAUCACUCAAUCACACUAUACACUACCUUAAUGUGCUUGGACUGCCCUCUGUAAAUCAAUUUUUAUUCUCUACAUCAACAACACCUACACUUGGUGGCCAUAUCAUGUUACAGUCUGGGCAAUGCAGAAUUGGUGCUACGGCUGAUGUCAUGUCUGGCAAUAAGACCGAAUGGAUGCUGCUCACAGAAACAGACUGUAAGCCAUUAAAGGCACUCCAUAUCCCAUCACAGUCUCGGGUUAAUGGAUCACUUGCAAUUAAUGGCUGUAAAGUAGAACUUCUUUGUGCCCUUACAUUCAAUGGCAACUCCUCUGAACUUCACGUAAGGUCUGAGUGCCAGCCAAAAAUGAAAAUGGAAAUAGAAUUUCGGCAUAACCUCUUUCUGUUGAAGGGGAUUAGCGAGGAAAACAAGAUGUCUGUCAUUGUCGGAAAGCUGUCUAAUUAUAACAUUGAGAUGUUACUGCAGUCGGGGUCCUGUGCUUUUGAAAUAAAAGGAGAUAUUCACACUGACAAUAAACUACAAUGGAAAAUGUUCUUGGAGAAUAAAUGUAAAACUAUGCAGGACCUUGGAGUACCACAUAAAAUUGAUGGGUCUGGUUACAUUGUUGUGAAUAAAAAAGCCAACUUAGAUUCACAGAUGUUAAUUGUUGUUGAUGAAAGUACCCUACAAGGAUUACUUAUACUGAAAGCUUCUGAGAAGAAGCAAGAAUUGGAUGCUAUUCUAACUCACAAUAUUCAGCCUGCAUUAAACCUUGGUGUACCUAAAAAAGCUGUACUGGAUAUGACUACAGAAAGGAGCAGUGAAUUCUAUAAAAGAUCUAUUCAGCUCAGCUUGGAUAACAAACAGCAGAUCUCAGAAGAAAUGAGUUUUCAUCAGAAGGCGGAUCACAUCUCAAUCAUUUACAAGAUAAUACACAACCUGGAUAUAUUGAAAAAAAUUCACCUUGAGGACAGAUUGGAUAUUGAGGCAACUGUGGACCUGAAGGAAAUAAGGAACAUUAGUGUAUCAACUCACUAUGGAUCCAGGGUCAUGAAUGCAUCAGUACAAAUAAUGGGCAAUGAAACAAGAACCAACCUGACAGGAAGUAUUCUACACAACUGGCCUUGGUUACUUCAGAAUAAGUUCCCAGCUUCUCUAAAGGUGUCUGUGGGAAUGCAAGCAACAGAAGAUGAGCAAGAGGUAACUUUGCAAACUGCAUCUGCAGAGACAUGGCUGACUUGUACUGUGGCUCUUCUUGGCAAAGCAGAUGAGAGCAAGGUGCACAUUAGGAGUAUGCACAACAGUGACAUUUUCCUUAAAUAUGGUUAUCCAAAAGUAGUUAUUUUAAAUGGAAGAUUAUGUACAUUAUGUUUGGAAGGCAAUAGAUCAAGUAUUACUUUGGGUGUGGACUUUGGCAAGAAGAUAUUAAAUCUGGAUGUGAGUGCCCUCAGAGAUCAACCUGGAAGCAUUAAUAUAAAUGCAGGAGUGGAGCAUUCCAUUCAUGUGCUACGUAUCCUUGGAAUACCAUCCAUAACACAGAUGGUCCUGCAACUCAUUUCGACCAACAAGAACCUUGGUGGAAACUGGAAGCUUAUUUGUGACCGAAGGACACAUAUUUUUAUUACUGCAAGUACAAGAACUCAGCAGCAGAGAGACGAAGUGAAUAUUAAGGUUGUUCACAAUGUGCCAUUCCUACAGCGCUACAUUCCAAAUUCAAGUUAUCUCAUCACUAAGGUUAGCUAUUCCAUGAAUGAAGCUGGGGCAAGUGUGCUCCUAAAAAUAGAUGAAAAGGAGUUAAAGGUGUCCACCAUGUUAAACAUUACAGUAAGCAGUUACACAAGCACAGUACAGCUAGAGCACACAGUGCCACAGUUCAAAAAUGUUCCAGCACAGAUAGAGAUAAGGACAACAUUUGAGAAAAGCCACAAAACAUGUGCCCUGAGACAAGAAACAAUAUGGGGUAGCAAAGAAGUGACACUCAUGGCAAUAUACACAGGGCAGUUUCCUAAGUUAUCUGGAGGCCAUGAAGUAAUGGGUGAAUUCUCUCAGUCCCUCUUUCCUAAAACCAUUCGACACGGCAAAGUCAAGAUCUAUUUAGAGCAUUCGGUUCACAAUCACCAGGAUCAUGUUACAAUUGGCUGGAAUGGUAGAGACCAGGCAGGAAUUUCUUCUUUACUGAAGAUAGGGAAGGAACGCUUCGACUGCAGGGUUGGAAUUAGCCAUCCUUUCAACUUCUCAGUAAGGCACCUGGAAAUCAGUUCCUUGUCAGAGAAGAGAGGAAGUAAAUACAAUCAUCAGACACAGGUUGCUUGGAAUAAAGGAUUUCCUGUCAAUCUCAGACUAACAUUGGAUGACAAAUUAAUGAACGACUCCAAAGUUUGGAAUGCCUGUGUGAGCAUUUUGCCAGGUCAGAUCCAGCAACUGAUAAGCGUGGGAAACAUUCAGGCAUGUGGAUAUAUGGAAAAGGACUCUAACGCUUUCCAAGAGUACAUGGACUUAAUGUGGAAUUCCAAAAAAUUCAAGCAAACACUGAUGUAUGAGAAACACAUUGAUGGUGGUCCUGACACACUCCAGUUGGAAGCAAUUUUUGAAAAUAUCUUUCCAGCAGAUUGCAGCAAACAUCACAUUUCAGCAAAAAUGGGCACAAAUUACUUGGAUACAGUAGAUCAUGUGCUAAAACUAGAGCUGUGCAAUCUUCAGCAUCCAGUUGUUAUUUCUGGAAAACACAGCCUUAACAAGGAGGAACUAAUAAUGUCUGAAAACCGACUUAGCUUUACCUCAAAUGAAAGAGAUGAUGCAGUAUUUAUACUGGCCUUGGAUGAAACUGGAAGACAGGAACAAGAACAGAAUUAUUCAAUUAGUUUACAUCUUAAAGCAUCAGAAAGCAUUAAAAUGGGGAUGAUAGGACAAUACUUGUCUUCUUCUUCUAAACAUGAAGUCCAGCUGCAGACUACCUUCAAUGAAAAUGAUCUUUUGACACUGAAUGCUUCCAGUGGGAAGACAUGUAUACAGGUUAAUGUUGUACAAAAUAUACAAGGAAGUUCAGAGGAAAAGGGAUUGGAGCUCAGUGCCUGUACAGAUAGCCAAUAUUUGGCUGCCGUGAAUACUUAUUUGAGAGUUAACGGCAUACGAGACAGAUUGGGACAACUUGUUCUCUCUGCGUCAAAUCAAAGCCUGAGUUUUUAUUACCAAGGUUGCGGAGAAGCCAUUGCCAAAGCUGAGAACCUUCUUGGGAACAUUGGUUUGCAUGUGAAAACGCAUAUUGUGGAGAUAAAUAAGAAAUUAGAUACCUAUGUCAAGGGUUUCCAAAGAACUGUGCAAGAGUAUGAAUUUCUUCAUGAGGCAGCUGGAUGGCCUUCAAAAAUCUCCCAGGACAUAGCAGGAGUGUUGCAGAACGUACCAAAGUCUUUUAACCAGAUGUGGAAACAGAGUGGCCUGAGACAGGCGCUUCGACAUGACCUUCCAAUUUACUUUGAAAGACUUAAUAACCUUGUCAAACAAAUGCAGACAGAACUUCAAAGGCCCCUUGUAACACUAAAGGAUGCUUAUUAUGAUGCAACAUUAAAACCACUGGAGGAUGUUUGGCAAGAAAAGACAGAAACUUGGCUCAGAAAAAUCAAUGCUUUCCUUCCCAGUAUAGUAAAGGAUGAAUGGCUGAUGGAUCCAGUUAGACGGCUAGUAGAUGCUUUAAAGGCUGGUUUGGAUGUGGGAACUCACCAGCUGCUGAAGUGGACUGAUGCUAAGCUUUCCAGAGCAGUCAGCAAGAUACGGAAACCCCUGACAAGACUAUUUAGUUAUUCCAGCAACUGCACGGUGAUGCUGAACUUCCCGCUGUUACCCAGAGAAUAUCAUGUAACAGGACUGGCAAAUAUUACACAUUACAUUAUUGAGGAGAAACUUAUGAAGCCAAUAAAGGAUAUGUAUAGUAUAAAUCUGAUGGCUGAGUACUACAGGUUCAAGCGAAGAAUGAUGGAAAGCCCAUUUGAAUAUCAUGCAGUCUUGAUUGGAAACAAACACGUUGUGACUUUUGAUGGAAUUCUUCUUAAUGUGGCUUCAAAAUGCAGCCUGCUGCUGGCUAAGGACUUUAUGUACAACAAGUUUACUCUCAUACUAAACCAAGGUGGUGGGACUAUGAGAUCAUUGCAUGUAGAUAUGAAUCACGUCUCUGUUGAUAUCUAUCCUGGACUGAAAAUAGAAGAGAACUGUCAGAGGCUUGACCUUCCAGUUUAUAAGAAUGGAAUCUUUAUUAAAAAGGAUGCCAAUCACAUAGAAGUGGCAAAUCAAGAGGGGAUUACUGUACAGUGUGACAUUUAUCAUGACAUAUGCAGCUUUACCCUAGAAGGAUGGUACCAUGGUAUUUCAGCUGGUCUUUUUGGUACAAAUGACAAUGAAUCAGGAAAUGACUUUUUGUUACCAGACCACUCCCACACAAAUAGCACCCAAGAUUUCUCUCUGAAGUGGCAGGUUGACACCCAGUGUAGUUCUGGACGUAAGAAAAUAAAAGCCUGCCCUACUUCACCACAUCAAAAGUUAUGUAAAGCUCUAUUCCAAGGAUCUAACUCAGUGCUCCGCAACUGCUUCAGAGUGAUCUAUCCUCAGCCUUUCUAUAACGCGUGUGUGGAAGAUAUCUGUGAUUCCAAUGAGAUAAAGCCAAUCUGUAACCUGGCAGCAGCAUAUGUCCAUUUGUGCAACAGAAACUUUGUUCCUAUAGAGAUCCCUUUACAAUGCGCAUGAAGACUGGUUUUACACUCUAGAAGCAACCAUACACGGAAUAAUCCAUGUUUGUAAAGAAGAAAUAUCCUGACAGAUACCUUUGUAAUACCUUAAUGUAUUUACCUAAAGCAAAUUGUGAUUUAUGUGAAACUAACAGACCAGGUUAGGAAUCCAACAGGGUACCACAGAAACAAAUAUUUAACAUUUUACCUCUUUACGUGUGUCCUGCUGUAACAUAUUUUGAAACAGAAUAAAUUUGUUUCCCAUAAAAGAA